UUACAUAAAUCAUGCAGUUCACCUAGUGGUUCUGUAAACUAUUUACCUUUUUUUCUGCAAAAAGAUCGACUUGAAGUCACGGUUCAUCGACAUCUGCGAUCGAUUACUUUAGUCUUGAUAGGCGAAGCUGUCGGGUGGAUUGCUCCGUAAUCAGUACCUCGUGAUCGUCGGUGUUUACUAACUGAGGUUAGCUGCUGUAGGAUGGUCCUCGUGGAGAUUUAACAGCCUGCCGGAGACACUUGACGGCAGACCCACAAACACAGCCAAGGCGACAGCUCCCCGUUUUUGGCUAUGAGACAUCGGGGGCCAUGGCGAGUCGGCACCGGGUAACCGUCUUCUUCCUCUUCGGGGUGUUGUUGUUGCUGCUGCUGUCAUCUCGGAGCGGCGGAAGACCUUCGCAGAAAUGUGACGGUAACAAGUCGUGUCAGCCCCGGAGACCCCCCGUCGUCCUGAUUCCCGGGGAUCUGGGAAACCAGCUGGAGGCCAGACUGAAUAAACCCAGCGUGGUUCACUACAUCUGCUACAAGAAGACCGACUCCUUCUUCACUCUGUGGCUCAACCUGGAGCUGCUCGUCCCCUUCGCCAUCGACUGCUGGAUAGACAACAUCAGGUUGAUCUACAACAGAACCACACGCACCUCCGAGGCCCCCCCCGGCGUGUUCGUGCGAGUCCCCGGCUUUGGAAAGACGUUUUCGCUGGAGUACCUGGAUCCCAGCAAGCAGAGCGUGGGCAUGUAUUUCUUCAGCAUCGUGCAGUCCAUGGUGGAGUGGGGCUACACCAGAGACGAUGAUGUCAGAGGAGCGCCGUACGACUGGAGGAAAGCACCGAACGAGAAUAAGGAGUACUUCAUGCAGCUGCAGCAGAUGAUCGAGGAGAUGGCGGAGAAGGCGGGUGGGCCCGUGGUGCUGAUCGCUCACAGCAUGGGGAACAUGUACACGCUGUACUUCCUGAACCAGCAGCCGCAGGCCUGGAAGGACAAGUACAUCAAGGCCUUCAUCUGUCUGGGGCCGCCGUGGGCGGGCGUGGCCAAGACGCUGCGGGUCAUCACUUCCGGUGACAACAACCGCAUCCCGGUGAUCAGCCCGCUGAAGAUCCGUGCCCAGCAGCGUACGGCUGUAUCCACAAACUGGCUGCUGCCCUACGCCCACUCCUGGUCCAAAGAUCAGGUUUUGGUCCAAACGCCAACCGUCAACUACACGGUGCAGGACUACAGGCGGCUCUACAAAGACAUCGGCUUUGACGACGGCUGGAUGAUGCGGCAGGACACGGAGCCGCUGGUGUCUGACCUCCUGCCGCCCAACGUGGAAGUCCACUGCCUGUACGGCAGCGGCAUCAACACGUCCGAGUCCUUCCUCUACUCUAACAACUUCCCGGACGAGGAGCCAACAGUGGUGAACGGAAACGGGGACGGGACGGUCAACCUGCAGAGCGCCAUCCAGUGUAAACGGUGGGUGGGGCAGCAGAAGCAGCCCGUCUUCUUAAAGGAGCUUCGCGGGAACGAGCACGUGGAAAUGCUGACGAACUACACCACCGUGUCGUACAUCAAGAAGGUGCUGUUCUCCCCAUGAUGCUGCCAGGAAACUGGACUCUUAAAGGUCACAGGAGGGGCCGGGCCGGGCCGUGCUCGCCGAGCCUCCAAGCGCCGCGUUGAUGUCGGAAAGCUCCACAGAAAGUUUUUAGGUCAGAUUGGAGGAUUCCAGUUUUAGCCUCCAAAUCAGUAAUUCCUCAGAUUAUGUCAGGAUGUUUACAGGUAAAUUCCAGUACUUUUCUAUCAUAGUGACUCUUUCCUCGUGUCCAACAAAAACUGACAAAUAUGUGCCAGGAUUUUGCACCGUUUGCACCACUUUGUUAUUGAUCAGUCUAAAGGUUUAGAGUUGAUUCCUGAUUGUGAGCAGGCACCUCGUUUUAUUGUGACAAACGCUCUCAAUGAUUGCGCUUUUUCUAAAACUGCCUUGUUAUCCGUCAGUGAAAGUCUUUGUGUAGAUCUGCAUCAUAGAGCUGAGCUGAUGGAGGCCUUUUCUGUGAUUCAGGGCUUUGAUUUGCCUCAAAUUCAGACAAAAAAUCCACUUUUUGUGCUCAGAUUGGCUUGUAGCUCGCCCCUUUUUUGUUUUCCAUGCAGGUUGGAAUCCGGUGCCUUGCAGGGUUGCACACUCUCAGUUAAGGAGACUCGUUUUCACGCCGACUUGGAUCGGAUCUGAUCCCGCAAAUGUUUUAUAUCUGUUUGAGACAUCAUAGGAAAUUCCAUGUUGUGUCUGUGAACUCCAGAGAUUCUCGUCUGCUGCCUUCUGAAGUGUUUCCAAUCACACAUCCAGUGUUUUGACUUUCCUAUCUUGAGGGUAAAAUACUGUUUUCUUCUCCUGAAAAUCAAACUGUUGAAAUGUUUUUGUGUCAACAUCAAGUUCUGUCACUUUCUGAGGUUUCCUGGUUUUAAAAAAGCGCAGGAGGUUUUGUUUUUGUACUUUUUCAUGUUCUGAUGUCAUGUAAACCUAAAGCAAACCAUAAAUAUUUUACAAAAAUAAAUGAAUUCUUUAAAAAUGAAGCUAAAGUUGAAUUUUCUUCAUGUUAAAAUAUUAAAGUGACCUAAACUCUGCUGUAGCAGAAAACUGUUGAAAUAAACUUCACGAGAUGCAAAA